UCAGCGUCAGUUUCAUUAGCCACGAAUUGAUUGCUGUGCUGUGCUCAGUGCUCUAGUCUGAUAGGGCCUAGUUCACAGCUAGCUCUCACAGCACACGCAUCUACUUCUGUCACUCUUGCCAUUACGAAGACGUCAAGCAUCUUUUUUACGUUCACUCUUAAAUUUAUUUAUAGUGCAGCAGUCGUGGUGGUAUCAGAGAGCUUAGAAUUACCUCUCUGGUGGUAUCCAAGACUCACAUUUGUCCAGGAAAUUCGAGAAACUAGAUCUAGAUCUAGAUCUGGAUAUCUAGAUUAUAUAUAAUAUCUAAAUCUUAUCGUAAUUUUUUUUCAUAGAACUGAAAAGUUUGUGUGCAUCACUUUAACUGGAUUGACAGUCCGACUGACACCGAGAACGAAGAAUUUAACAAGGGACAAUUACAGAGGAAGAAGAAGCUCGGAAAAGAAAACCAUAAUAAAUGCUGAAGACUGUACUGGGAAUCUAGCUCCAGUCCGAAUUCCAUCUCAAACCGAGCAAACUGCUCCCAAUCUUCUGAGAAGCCAGACGAGGGAAACAUGAGUACAGAAGGUUACAGUACCCCAAUGAAGAAAAGGAUGGAGCAGAGUCAGGUGGAGGGUAGCUCUUCGACCCCGGGUUUGAAGAGGUCCUCACAAGACUCUUCCAAACGUGGCGUCCAUUCGAUUGCAAGCCUCGAUCUUAACAAAAAAGGAUGGAAAAUUCGGGCUCGGGUGAUCCACAGAUCCGACAUGCAGCACUAUAGCAAUGAUAAAGGCCCGGGCUGUUUCUUCAAAGUUAUUUUUUUGGAUGACAGCGGAGAGAUUUGUUGCACAGGAUUUAAUGAAUGGGCACACGCAUACUUUGACAAGUUCACUGUGGGCGAAGUGUAUUAUAUUUCCAACUGCCUACUGCAGAAUGCGAAGCAAAAAUAUGACACUGUGAAAAACAAGAACCAGAUGACAUUGGGUCGUGAUUCAAGGAUUGAGAUUUGUCCUGAUUAUAGUAGAUCAACUGUGCCAGAUAUGAAAUUUAACUUUGUGAAGCUAUCUGAUUUGGAGAAAUAUGAGAACGACUCCCUUGUAGACGUUAUUGGUGUUGUCGUAGGGUGCGACGACGUUGUCCCAGUACCGUCGAAACUGGGAAGCAUGAAGCGAGACCUCCGGAUCAUUGAUGGGUCUAAAAUGAGAGUUACUCUGACCUUGUGGGGAGAGACAGCGAAGACGUUUGACGGCGAGAACAGCCCUGUGGUAGCUGUGAAAAGAGCUAAAGUUACGUAUUUUAAUGAAAAGACCCUUUCAGUGCUAGUGGAGAGCCCACUGAGGAUGAAUCCUAACCUGAAAGAGGCAGAUGACUUGCGGAUUUGGUUCGACGAUGAAUGCAAGGAUCUUGAUUCCGACCUGUUCGAAACAGGAGGGGAGAGGAAAUUUCCUGAGCAGAUAUACAGCCUUGGUUCAACUGAUGAUUCUGACAACAUACAGUCACAGUAUGCUGAGGACUUUAGGUCGAGUCCUGAGCCAAGACCAGGAUCCAGCUCCAAACGGCCGAGACUGCACAGCCCCCGUGUAGCCACAGAAGAAGAUCAGUUCGAUUCCUACGGAAAAACCAUAGCACAUAAGCUCAGGGACCUUCCUCGUGAACAAAGCUUGAUUGCGGAAAACUUUUGCAAUGUUGCUCUGUUUGAGGCCAGUUUUGGGAACCUCACAAGGGAGACAACAUUAUCAUUAAAUUCUCCUGUGGCAGAUCAUGGCUGUAGAGGGACUCCUGGUGCCAGAGGGACUGCUGGUGCCAGGAGAAGAAUCCUGGAUUAGGCAAGUUGCCGCUACAGGAGGAAUGUGAAGGGGAAUUACUGAAAAAA